UACAAUUCAAAGAUUGCACAUAAAGUAGUCAUUAAAUCAAAGGCAGAAUCUCUGGUUGUGCUCUCUGUAUUUUUAAGUUUGAUCAUCACAAUAGCACAGAAAUGUGAUUACAUUUUGUUUGUUGUAGGACAGAAAGUGCCUGCUAUUUUUACGUUUGGGGACUCUUAUGGAGACACACGGAAUAAUGAUUUCAUAAUUACGACAGUUGCUAGUGACUUCCCUCCAUAUGGAAGAGAUUUCGAAGAUCGCAUUCCCACAGGAAGGUUCUCCAAUGGAAAGCUCAUGUCUGACUACUUUGAUGAAGGACUUGGAAUCAAAGAACUGUUGCCCCCAUAUUUGGACCCAAACCUCAACGCCCAAGACUUGUUAACUGGUGUCUGUUUUGGAUCUUCUGGCACAGGCUUAGACAAUCUCACCGCCCAAAUAAAUAAUGUGAUACCAGUUUGGAAACAAAUUGAGUAUUUUAAAGAGUAUAGAAACAGAAUAGAAGGAUUAGUGGGAGAAGAAGAGGCCACCACCAUAAUCAGAAAUGCAAUAUUUUUCAUUACAAUAUGGACCAAUGACUUCAUUGUCAACUACUUCACGCUCCCAACUCGUCCACUUCAGUUCACUGUUCAAGAGUAUACAAAUUUUCUCUUGAAUAUAGUGGUUUCAAAUCAAGGCAUGGUCAUAACUUGUCUCUACUCUUUGUAUAUAGUGGUUUCCAAUCAUAAUUGCACUUGAAUUCUAAUUUGUGGGUCUGAAUUUUGCAGGAAUUAUACAACCUGGGUGCCACUAGAUUUGCUUUGAUUAAUGUUCCACCAUUGGGAUGAUUACAAAUAGGGAGAACACUUAGAAGCCUUUUGAAUAGGGGAGCAUGUGAUGAAGAGAUAAACCAGGCUGCAUCUGGAGUCAAUUCGGGAUUAAAUGCCAUGAUUGAUGGACUCAAAUCUACUUUUCCUAGGCUUCAAAUUGUUUCUCUGGAUUAUAACAAUCUGAUUUCCGAGUUCAUUGCAAAUCCUAGCAAAUAUGGUUUUGAGGUGAUUGCAAGGGGUUGCUGUGGGACGGGCAAUGAAUUGAGUCCCUUUACAUGCCCUGAUGCUUCCAAAUAUCUAUUCUUUGAUUCCGUCCACCUUACUCAGAAGGCAUAUCAAUUCAUUUCCAAUACAUUUUUAACGAGAGAUAUUCCCCAAGUUCUUUGAACUUGUUCAUUUAUUUGCAAAGCGAAGAUUCUCCAUGGAAUUUAGUCUUUCUUUCUUGACACAUCAUGAUUACAAUGUAAUCAGACUGUCAUGUCUAAAAAUUAUAGAGCUUCUGAUCUCAUGGAAAGUAUAGGUAGGUAAAGACAUUUUGAAUGAAUUUUGAGGAAUAAUUCUAGUGUUAGAGAUAUAUCAUGAAUAAGUAAUAGCAUGAUGUUUCUAUCAUUGUCUGG